AUGACCAGUGUCGCAAGUCAGAACACAUUCGGCAUUUUGGCCGAUGUCGAGGACCAGACGCAGGAAACUGCCUCUGAGCUGUCGAAAGAGGAGGUAGUUGUUUCUAAGAAAGUAGAUAGGUCUCGUGCUAGCAAGACCGAGGCUAGAAUUCGUCACGACUAUCCUCAGCGUGGUGGUGCCCCCAGGGCUGCUGCUUCCACGAGGGGCAACGACGAAGUUAGAUCAGGACCUCGUGACCGCAAUGUUGGCCCUCGUCUCUCUGGUCGUCGUAAUCAAGACGAAGGAAGCGGCGGUUCUGACUAUCCUCCUCGUAAUGCUCGCGGAGCCCGUGCCGGUGAACGUUCUCGCGGCGGUCGUGGUGGGCGACGUGGGCGUGAAUACGACCGUCACAGCGGAACUGGCAGAGAGGAUAGCGGGAAGAAAGAUUCGCAAGCAUGGGGAGAUCCUACUAGUAGUGCGUGGCCAUCCGAAUCAAAUGAACCAGGAAAGUGGGGAAAUGAUACUGGUGGACCGGAAGAAAGUUCCUGGACCGCGAAUGAUGACGCUGCUAAUGGAGGGACGUGGGAUGCUGGCAAUGAAGCUUCUGCCCCAAAUGAGGCCGGUGGUUGGAAUGAUGGAGAAGAUGGCGCCAAGGAUGAUAAUACCUGGAAUCCUGAUAUCUCCUUGGAUGAUUUGAGCACGGAUAAUGUUGAUUGGAAAAGUGGCGACAACAAGGAUAACGAUGACGAUGGUGGUUACUCCAUUGAUGCGGUACAAGCUCCUGUUGAGAUAGUGCAAAAGACUUUGGAUGAAUAUCUUGCCGAACGUGCUCAAAGAGGUUUAAGUGUAGCGCUUCCCGAACCUAGGAAGCCCAAUGAGGGAGCUGACGAUUCGCAAUGGAGGGACGCUGUUCCUCUUGAGCGCGAUGACGAAGAGGAUGUAUUGUUCGCUGGCAAGGAAACAUCUUAUAAAUUGAAGAGUAAGGAUAAGACCAAGACCAAAAAGGAAUAUAUCGAAAUCGAACAAGCGUUUGAGAGACCUAGUGGCGGAUCUCAAAGAGGUAGAGGUCGUGGACGAAAUGGAAGGGACGGCAACAGAGAACGCCGUGACAAUCGUGAUGGAUACAGAGAAGGCCGUGAUAAUCGUGAUGGAUACAGAGAAGGCCGUGACAAUCGUGAUGGAUACAGAGAAGGCCGUGACAAUCGUGAUGGAUACAGAGAAAAUCGUCGCGGUCGAAAUGACGGUGUCAACCUCAAUGACCAAAGGGCUUUCCCUAGUCUUGGAACCGCGUGA